UUGUUUGGCGCCGCGGCAGACAGCAGUAAGCAGAGCGUGAACAGCCAAAGUUCGUCCCGGCUGUCUGCUUCUUCAGCCUCGACCGUGGCCACCACCGUAGUGGACGCCGGGGACGGUACGCCGUUGGUGCUGCCGGACGUUAGCUUCGAAGGCAUCACGCUGGAUUCCGGUAUCGAUCGCGAAUCGCAACCCCUGCUGGGGUCGCGCGAUCAUGAGAUUACAUACAACCAAUUUCCCGAUGAUCCUCACUUCAGUGACUUAGUAUACUCUGCCGAGAUAGCGAUCGAUGCUGGCAUCUAUCCGGAACGUAUCUACCAAGGAAGCAGUGGGUCCUACUUUGUCAAGAAUCCCGCCAAAAAAGUGAUCGCCGUUUUUAAACCAAAAGAUGAAGAACCGUACGGAAGGCUAAAUCCCAAGUGGACCAAAUGGAUGCACAAACUGUGCUGUCCGUGCUGUUUUGGACGCGCCUGUCUGAUACCGAACCAAGGGUAUCUCUCGGAAGCCGGAGCUAGUCUAGUGGACCAAAAAUUAAAUCUAAACAUCGUACCGAAGACGCGCGUCGUGCGGCUUGUCUCGGAAACGUUCAACUACCCGCGCAUCGAUCGCCAAAAGGCACGCAUCAAGAAAACGAUCAAGGAGCGCAUACCGGCGGCCCGCUUCAAUCGCAUGUCGCUCCCACCGAAGACCGGCUCCUUUCAGCUGUUCGUCGACGGGUACAAGGAUGCUGACUACUGGUUGCGCCGGUUCGAGCAAGAGCCGCUCCCAACGAGGCUAGGGCAAAAGUUUCAACUCCAGUUCGAACGGCUGGUCGUGCUGGAUUACAUCAUUCGCAACACCGAUCGGGGCAACGAUAAUUGGUUGAUCAAGUACGAUCAGCCAUCGAUCAUACCAACCAGCCCCGCGGCAACGAGUCCGAACGGGGUAGCGAAUGGCAUGAAUGGAGGAUAUAUCCCUCGCAGCAGCAGCCGGCUAGAGAUGAUGGAACACACGGACUGGAAUCUUGUGCAGCUGCCCGAAAUAAGGAUUGCGGCAAUCGAUAAUGGGCUCGCAUUUCCCUUCAAGCAUCCGGAUUCGUGGCGUGCCUAUCCAUACCAUUGGGCGUGGUUACCACAAGCGAAGCAACCGUUUAGCCAGGAUAUCAAGGAUCUGGUCUUGCCCUCGCUGUCCGAUCCGAACUUUUGCGAAGAGCUGUGCAACGAGCUGUACGAACUGUUCAAGCAAGACAAGGGCUUCGAUCGAGGCUUGUUCGAGCGGCAGAUGUCUGUGAUGCGCGGUCAGAUGCUCAAUCUGACCCAAGCUUUAAAGGACGGCAAGAGCCCGGUACAGCUGGUCCAGAUGCCGGCCGUCAUCGUCGAGAGAUCAAAGGUUAAUCCGGGAUCGUCGAGAUUUUUCUCAUUCCAGCAGCGCUUCCAAAACAAGAGCCCAUUCUUUUCUUGGUAUCGAGUGAAAAGCAGCCUCAAUCUGUUGUGUAUAAUAGGGAAAGUGUGCUCCGUGCAGGCAGAGGAUCAGUGUGCUGUAGAAGGUGUUGCCAGUGGCUACUGCAAUCAGCCAGUUCUACUAGGGUCCGAGAUUCCUUGCUGUUCAACAUCGACGAUCGAGCCGUGUGCUGAAAAUCCGGAAACCGUGUGCAUAAAUCCGCCGUACGCUGACGAAACCAAUUGCUGCCCAGGACCCUGCGAACAACCUGUCACCAUCGUAGACGAUUGUGGUGCUGUUUCACCGGCAGAUUGUGCUACCGAAAUGCCGCAAUGUUGUAAUUGCGCCUGCGGUAGGCCGGGGUGCGUGCCUAUGAAGCGUGUGCGUUACGUUCAGCCCCCGAAACGGGAGUCCUGCAAACCGAUCGUCACGUACAAACCGCCAGAGGUGGAAUUUGGUGGCGAUUCGACGUACAAAACGUCCUUCAAUGCGGAUCCUCAGCUGAUAGUCAAUGCGCGUCCGCUCGCUAUUAAACCGCAAAGCCAUUUGGUGCCACAUCCCGGAAGUUUGGAGAAAACCACUGUUACAGCGCUCUCCUACCCUGGUUACAACAAUGUAGAUCGAGCGCAACCGAUAGUUCCUACCGGCAAUCAGCUGAUCCAGCCGGGCCCAUUACAAGAGAUGACUACCAGCCGGCAUGAUUAUGUGGCCAAAACGACACCAAAGCGUUACAAAAUUGUCCCAGCUAGCCAUAUGCACGUGCACAGUGCCCCGUUCGAAAAGCAAACCAUGAACAAGCUGUCCUACAGCUGUCCAAAUAUGGCCAGCUUUGAGCCGGCACGCUCUUGCAAACCGUUGCGCGAAUACGAACGUCCCGAGAUUCCAAUGCAAUCGGAAACAACCACAAAGCUCAGCUAUGGUCCUAUCUGUCCACCGCCAAAGGAAGACGUCCCAUGGGCCCGUCGAGCGUGUUAUCAACCUCCGGACGUACCGAUGGAUAAUGAGACGACGUACAAGAAGAGCUUCAUGCCCGGAUGCGCGAACGAGCGUGUCAAGAUGGUGCUGCCGUAUAAUAAUCUUUCCGUAUCUGCCGGUUCGGGCUUCGAAUCGAAGACAGUAUACAAGGAGAGCUAUCACAGUGCCACUUGCGGCGAGCGCCCACCAGCGAUCAGACCAAUCCCCCAUCUGCAGGUGCCCAACCAAAAGCUGGAAGACGACACGGUUUACAAGACGUCAUUUGCCACCCACUGCCACGCGGAACGUCCGGCGCCUAUACUCCCGCGUCCCGCGCCACUAAUCGGAGAUGGUCCGAUGCAGGAAAUGACCACACAACGCCAUGACUUUGUCUGCAAGGGCCAAGCAAAGCGGGAUCCAAUAGUGCCCCAAGGUUCGCUUACAAUGCCAUCCGGCAGGAUAGAAAGUGCCACCGUGAACCGAUUAACCUACACGGCCAAUAAAGAAAACAUGGUUCCAACGAAAUCGUGCAAACCCAUCGUAACCUAUAAGCGACCGGAAGAACCGAUGGAGAGUGAUACGACGCAGAAGCUAAGCUAUAUGCCUGUCUGUCCACCACCGAAGGAACAUUAUCCUUGGGCGCAACGGGCUCGCUACCAGCCACCGAACCUGCCGAUGGAUUCGAUGACGGUGCAGAAGUAUAGCUACGCUCCACCCGGACAGUACAUCGAGGAACCAUGCGACAGCUCGAUGGCAUGCUGCCAGUCGUGCAACCCGGCAGCAGUGAAUUGCUGUGCCAAUGUGGAUACGGCAUGCAAUGGUGUCAGUUACCCGCGAGCAGCCAUUGUGAAGUAG